AAGUCUGAUUUUAAAAUCCAGACAGUGAAACUGGGAAAGAACAGGAAAGAAAACAGUAGGGGGAAAAUCAAAAGAAAAAGGAAAAGCAAAUGGAAAACAGUAGCUUGGAGCAGACACUGCUAGAUGGGAAGCUCCAUCGACAGCUCAAUUCCCUCAUCGUUGCUCAUCUUCGCGAUAAUAAUCUCACCCAGGCUGCAAGUGCAGUUGCAUCAGCCACCAUGACACCAUUGAAUGUUGAGGCUCCUCCUAAUAAACUUCUUGAGCUCGUUGCUAAGGGUCUUGCAGCGGAAAAAGAUGAUGCGUUAAGAGGGGUUCCUUCUUCUGCCAUAUAUGAUCUGGGCACAUUGAUUCCUGCGGCAUAUGGAUCAAUCCCAGCUCCCCGUGCUGCUUCCGUUGAUUUCAGUGCCAUACAAGAUACAAAAGGCUUAUCAAAAAAUUUUCCAAAGCAUGAGACACGGCAUCUUUCUGAACAUAAGAAUAUUGCCAGAUGUGCAAGAUUUAGUCCUGAUGGGAGGUUUGUUGCCACUGGAAGUGCAGACACAUCAAUUAAGCUCUUUGAGAUUUCAAAAAUCAAGCAAAUGUUGCUUUCAGAUACAAGGGAUGGUCCUGUCAGACCUGUCAUACGGACAUUUUAUGACCACAUACAACCUAUAAAUGAUUUGGACUUCCAUCCUCAAAGUACUAUUCUUAUAUCAGGAGCCAAGGAUCACACUAUAAAAUUCUUUGACUUUUCCAAAGCUACUGCAAAGAGAGCAUUUAGAGUUAUCCAGGAUACUCACAAUGUGCGUUCUGUGUCCUUUCAUCCUUCUGGGGAUUUCCUUCUUGCCGGAACUGAUCAUCAAAUUGCACACUUGUAUGAUGUCAAUACAUUUCAGUGUUAUCUAUCUGCUAAUGCCCCAGAAAUCGGAAUUAGUGGAGCCAUUAAUCAGGUGAGGUAUUCAUCUACAGGUGGAAUGUAUGUCACAGCAUCUAAAGAUGGUGCUCUUCGGUUGUGGGAUGGGGUAACAUCCAAUUGUGUGCGGUCCAUUGUUGGUGCACAUGGAACAGCAGAAGCCACCAGUGUGACUUUUACAAAGGAUCAACGGUUUGUGCUUUCCUGUGGGAAAGACUCUUCUGUUAAGCUUUGGGAGGUUGGCAGUGGAAGAUUGGUCAAGCAAUAUCUUGGGGCUACACAUGCACAAUUGAGGUGCCAGGCUGUUUUCAAUGACACUGAAGAAUUUGUGCUAUCCAUAGAUGAACAAAGCAAUGAGAUUGUUAUCUGGGAUGCUCUAACGGCAGAGAAAGUGGCAAAGUGGCCAUCCAACCACAAUGGUACACCCCGUUGGAUCGAGCACUCACCAAUAGAGGCAGCCUUUAUUUCGUGUGGGACUGAUAGGUCAGUCCGGUUCUGGAAGGAAACUCUCUAAGAAAAUGGAAAGAGAUGACUGAUUUCCAUAAAUCUUCUGUACAAUUAAGCACAGGACGAGAUUUUUAUUUGAGGCUAGUUUUCCAGAUAUGUAGACCUACAAACGAUUCUUUCUUUAGUUGGAGAAUGUGUAGGAAUUUGAAACUAUUUUUCCAUUUUUUGCCUUUGUUUCUGCUGCUUUGCUUGUGUCAUCUACCAUGAAAUGUAUUUAAAUUUGUUUAUUACUGAGCAAUGGUAAUUUUUGUAUUUAAAUUUGUUUUA